AUGUUGCCCAAGAAUACCACCAUCGCACUCAUUACCAUUAUUGCCUCUUUAAGUAGCGCAUCUGCUAUCCCAGCUGCUGCUCCCCAGGGAGGAAUUGCUGAGAUUAUUCCAGGACCAGGACCGCCUAGCUUGGAGUCCCUUGGUUUAACAUCCGAGGAUCUCUACUAUGAAACUAUACGCAAGCGCAAGCCUUCUCCUCUCGAGAAGCGGUUUAAGCUCACUUGCCAGGAUAAGGUGGUGGGCGAGUGCCAGCCAGUAAUGCCCAGGCUUGUGUCAAUGGACACAAAGAAAUGCACAGUGAAUGGUGCAAAUGCCAUAUUCUGUACAUCUGGCAAGGCUGCUCUUGGUGGCUCUAAUGUCUCGGGUGGAGGUAGUGCGAGCUCCUAUUGGCUGAUCUUGAGAAUAUCCUUACCUUGUCGUGACGUGGCAUACGGUGCGCGGAAGAUUGUAGGCAAAUGCAAUAAGCGUGGUGGUGUCGCUGGUGCCAACGCUGCUGGAGGAAACGGAUUUCUUAUUACCUAA